UGAUGGACCGCGACCGCAACAAGACGCUGCUGCAGGAGCUGCUGAAGGUCACCGGGAACGGCCGCUGCGCCGACUGUGGGGAGCCGGAUCCAGAGUGGGCUUCUUACAAACUUGGAAUAUUCAUUUGUUUGAUGUGCUCCGGAAUCCAUCGCAAUCUUCCUCAAGUCAGCAGGGUCAAAUCCCUUCGGCUUGACUUCUGGGAGAACGAUCUUAUAGAGUUUAUGAAGAAGCACGGGAAUCUCUGUGCCAAAGCAAAAUAUGAAGCAAAAGUCCCUCCCUAUUAUUACAUCCCCCAGUCCUGCGAUUGCUUGGUUUUAAGAGAACAAUGGAUUAGAGCUAAAUAUGAGCGUGAGGAAUUUGUUGCCACCCGAGUCUGCCAAGAUCCUUGUUCUGCAGGUAGCCAUGAAGGAUUCCUCUGGAAGCGUGGACGGGAAAGCAAGCAGUUCAAGCAGAGGCGGUUUCUCCUGUCAGCAAGGGAAGGGGUGAUGAAGUACUACACUAAAGAACCCAAAGGUCCAAAAGCCGUUAUCAGCAUUGAGAAACUGAAUGUGAUGUUCCAGGCAGAGAAAAUCCAUCAUGCUCACGGGCUGCAAAUCACAUACAAGACAGAUGGUCAAACAAGGAACCUUUUUGUCUAUCAUGAAAGCGGAAAGGAGAUUGUUGACUGGUUCAAUGCCAUUCGGGCUGCACGUUACCAUUAUCUCAGAACAACCUUCCCAGCUCUCUCAGAGCACGAGAUCAUACCCCGGAUCACAAGAAACUAUAUCAAAGAAGGAUAUAUGGAGAAAACAGGACCAAAGCAGAAGGAGACCUUUAAGAUGCGCUGGUUCAGCCUAGACUCUGAAGAGAGGAACCUGCUGUACUUUAAAAACCCACUGGAUGCAUUUCCACAAGGCCAAGUUUUUAUUGGAAGGAGAGUCGAGGGCUAUGAAGUACGAGCUGGCUUGCCCCAGGGAAUAUCUGUAAAGAAGAGGAAAUCAGGGAUCACCAUGGUCACACCAAUGAGAGAGUUUUUGUUUCUGUGUGAGAACGAUAGGGAGCAGAGGGAGUGGAUAGAUGCCUUGAAUGGAAUAAUUGCCCAGCCCUUGUCUGGUUGAGACUAACACUGAGUUCCGGUGAACUGCACUUCUUGGGCUCUGUUUCUGGUCUGCAUCCUCUUUUUGUCAGCAGGGAUGGUGCUCAAGCCCAUUCAGUGACUGUGCUACAAAGGGCUUUUUCCUUCAACAGCUACAGGCGCAGGAAGGGUGGCAAAAUAAAUGAGUGAGGGGAAUGCAGAUAUUCAGAAAUUAUCUGUCCCUUCUUUUGAAGUGCAUUCGCUCUUCCUUACAUUCUCUGCUUUUGAGCAGAUGAGGCCUGCUCAGGCUGAUGUAGGGAUAAAGUCAGUGUAGAAAGUUUGUCCACAGAGGACUGGCACGGAUUUCCUUGAGGAUUCCUGAAGAAUGUACUUGACAAUGCAGCCAUGACAUAUAUUCUGAUAGUAAAUGUGACCAUCUGUUACAUGCUGCAUAGAACAAGCGGCCAAGAGACAAAGACAUCAGCACCUGCCAGGACAGUGCAGCAUGUCCUGCUGCAUAGAUGAAAGAUAAAAAUACAUGCCGAAUGACUGGAUGUUUUUCUUCGGGGGGAAGAGCGGGGGUGGGGAACAGGCAACUAUUCUACCUGCUUGCAUCUUCUGUCCAGUUAAGGACAUGGUUGUUGUCCAUGUAAUGGUUUUAAUGUCAUUUGCAGUGUUGUAUUUUCAUCACUGAAACUGUAUUAAAAAAAAAAAAAAUCACAAAAGUCAGAGGGGGAGGAAGGGACUUCUGGAGAGCACGUGCUCCAGCUCCCUGAUAAAGCAUGUUUGUAUCAUCUAUCUCACAGUUCCUAAGCUUAUCUUGUAAGGAUGUUCUUGGGGUAUGGUGUCAAAAGCCUUGCUGAAGUCAAGGCAGGCAGCAUUCACUGCUUUUCCCUCAUCUACCCAACCAGUUAUGACAUCACAGAAGGCUACCAGAUCAGUCAAGUAUGAUUUUCCCUUGCUGCGCCCGUGUUGACUACUCCUGAUAACCUUCUUUUCUUUCUUCCACUUGCUUGGGCUUGGACAUGACAUCCAGAAUUAGUUGGAUGGAGGUGAGGCUGACUGGCCUGUAGACUCUUAUUAUUUGAGGAUCUGAGAAACAAGUCCUCAAAAUUAAAAGUCAAGUUUGAGUUGUGAAGAAUGUUGUCGUGGAAGCAUUCUAAUGACAUACCCUUAGAUCCUUGCUUUCAACAGUUGCUGCUAUUUGAUUAUUUUGGAAGUGGCAAAUGCAGUAUGUAGAAACCUUUUCCUUUUUUUUUUU